CCAGCGGAGCCGCUGCCGCGGGAACCCAGUUUCCGACGAACUUUUCGCGGGCGCCGGGCCGCCUCCGAGGCCAGGGCAGGACACGAACGCGUGGAGCGGCGGCGGAAGCUGCGAGCCGGGGCCGGCGGCAGUCCUUCGGAAGGGCCGUGCGCGGCGGCGGGCCCGGCGGGCCCCCCGGAGGAGGCGGCUGCGCCAUGGACGAGCUGCCCUUCAGCGAGGCGGUUUUGGAGCAGGCGCUGAGCGAGCCGUGCGAUCUGGACGCGGCGCUGCUGAGCGACAUCGAAGGUGAAGUCGGCGCGGGGAGGGGUAGGGCCGACCGCCUGGACGCCCCAAGGGUGGGUGCAGAUCGCGGAGCCAUGGAUUGCACGUUCGAAGACAUGCUUCAGCUUAUCAACAACCAAGACAGUGACUUCCCUGGCCUGUUUGACCCACCCUAUGCUGGGGGUGGGGCAGGGGGUACGGACCCUGCCAGCCCCGAUACCAGCUCCCCAGCCAGCUUGUCUCCACCUCCUGCUACACUGAGCUCCUCCCUCGAAGGCUUCCUGAGCGGGCCGGAGGCAGUGCCCUCGCCCCUGUCCCCUUCCCAGCCUGCCCCUGCUCCAUUGAAGAUGUACCCGCCCGUGCCCACUUUCUCCCCUGGGCCUGGUAUCAAGGAAGAGUCAGUGCCACUGAGCAUCCUGCAGCCCCCCACCCCGCAGCCCCUGCCCGGGGCCCUCCUGCCGCAGAGCUUCCCAGCCCCGGCCCCUCCGCAGUUCAGCUCCACCCCUGUGUUGGGCUACCCCAGCCCUGCAGGCGGCUUCUCCACAGGGAGCCCUCCCGGGAGCACCCAGCAGCCGGUGCCUGGCCUGCCACUGGCUUCCCCUCCAGGAGUCCCGCCCGUCUCCUUGCACACCCAGGUCCAGAGUGCAGCCCCCCAGCAGCUACUGACAGUCACAGCUGCCCCCACGGCAGCCCCUGCAACGACCACUGUGACCUCGCAGAUCCAGCAGGUUCCGGUCCUGCUGCAGCCCCACUUCAUCAAGGCAGACUCACUGCUUCUGACAGCCAUGAAGACAGACGGAGCCACUGUGAAGGCGGCGGGUCUUAGCCCCCUGGUCUCCGGUGCCACGGUGCAGACAGGGCCUUUGCCGACUCUGGUGAGUGGCGGAACCAUCUUGGCAACAGUGCCGCUGGUUGUAGAUGCGGACAAGCUGCCCAUCAACCGGCUGGCAGCUGGCAGCAAGGCCCCGGGCUCAGCCCAGAGCCGUGGAGAGAAGCGCACAGCCCACAAUGCCAUUGAGAAGCGCUACCGCUCCUCCAUCAACGACAAAAUCAUCGAGCUCAAGGACCUGGUGGUGGGCACUGAGGCAAAGCUGAAUAAAUCUGCUGUCUUGCGCAAGGCCAUCGACUACAUCCGCUUUCUGCAACAAAGCAACCAGAAACUCAAGCAGGAGAACCUGAGUCUGCGCACCACUGUCCACAAAAGCAAAUCUCUGAAGGAUCUGGUGUCAGCCUGUGGCGGUGGAGGGAACACAGAAGUGCUCAUGGAAGGUGUGAAGACGGAGGUGGAGGACACACUGACCCCACCCCCCUCAGAUGCAGGCUCGCCCUUCCAGAGCAGCCCCUUGUCCCUUGGCAGCGGUGGCGGUGGCAGCGGUGGCAGUGGCAGUGACUCGGAGCCUGACAGCCCCGUCUUCGAAGACAGCCAGGCAACGCCGGAGCAGCGGCCGACUGCACACAGCGGGGGCAUGCUGGACCGCUCCCGCCUCGCCCUGUGCACGCUCGUCUUCCUCUGCCUGUCGUGCAACCCCUUGGCCUCCUUGCUGGGGGCCCGAGGGCUUCCCAGCCCCUCAGAAACCACCAGCAUCUACCACAGCCCUGGGCGCAGCGUGCUGGGCACUGAGAGCCGAGAGGGCCCUGGCUGGGCCCAGUGGCUGCUGCCCCCCGUGGUCUGGCUGCUCAAUGGGCUGCUGGUGCUGGUCUCCUUGGUGCUUCUCUUUGUCUACGGAGAGCCAGUCACGCGGCCCCACUCAGGCCCCGCCGUGCACUUCUGGAGACAUCGCAAGCAGGCCGACCUGGACCUGGCCCGGGGGGACUUUGCCCAGGCUGCCCAACAGCUGUGGCUGGCCCUGCGGGCGCUGGGCCGGCCCCUGCCCACCUCCCACCUGGACCUGGCAUGCAGCCUCCUCUGGAACCUCAUCCGUCACCUGCUGCAGCGCCUCUGGGUGGGCCGCUGGCUGGCAGGCCGGGCGGGGGGCCUGCAGCGGGACUGCGCUCUGCGGGUGGACGCUCGUGCCAGUGCCCGAGACGCCGCCCUGGUCUACCAUAAGCUGCACCAGCUGCACACCAUGGGGAAGUACACAGGCGGGCACCUCACUGCCACCAACCUGGCGCUGAGUGCCCUGAACCUGGCAGAGUGUGCAGGGGAUGCCUUGUCUGUGGCGACGCUGGCCGAGAUCUAUGUGGCAGCUGCAUUGAGAGUGAAGACCAGUCUUCCGCGGGCCUUGCAUUUUCUGACACGUUUCUUCCUGAGCAGUGCCCGUCAGGUCUGCCUGGCACAGAGUGGCUCAGUGCCUCUUGCCAUGCAGUGGCUCUGCCACCCAGUGGGCCAUCGUUUCUUCGUGGACGGGGACUGGGCCGUGCUCAGCACCCCACGGGAGAGCCUGUACAGCUUGGCCGGGAACCCAGUGGACCCCCUGGCCCAGGUGACUCAGCUAUUCCGGGAACAUCUCUUGGAGCGAGCACUGAACUGUGUGGCCCAGCCCAACCCCAGUCCUGGGUCAGCUGAUGGGGACAAGGAAUUCUCGGAUGCCCUCGGGUACCUGCAGCUGUUGAACAGCUGUUCCGAUGCCGCUGGGGUGCCCACCUGCAGCUUCUCCAUCAGUUCCAGCAUGGCCACCACCACCGGCGUAGACCCGGUGGCCAAAUGGUGGGCCUCUCUGACAGCCGUGGUGAUCCACUGGCUGCGGCGGGACGAGGAGGCAGCCGAGCAGCUGUGCCCGCUGGUGGAGCACCUGCCCCGGGUGCUGCAGGAGUCUGAGAGACCCCUGCCCAGGGCGGCUCUGCACUCAUUCAAGGCUGCCCGGGCCCUCCUGGGCUGUGCCAAGGCAGAGUCUGGCCCAGCCAGCCUGACCAUCUGUGAGAAGGCCAGUGGGUACCUUCAGGACAGCCUGGCUACCACACCAGCCGGCAGCUCCCUUGACAAGGCCGUGCAGCUGUUCCUGUGUGACCUGCUCCUUGUGGUGCGUACCAGCCUGUGGCACCAGCAGCAGCCCCCAGCCCCGGCCCCAGCAGGCCAGGGUGCCAGCGGCGGGCCCCAGGCUUCCGCGCUUGAGCUCCGUGGCUUCCAACGGGACCUGAGCAGCCUGAGGCGGCUGGCACAGAGCUUCCGGCCCACCAUGCGGAGGGUGUUCCUACAUGAAGCCACGGCCCGGCUGAUGGCGGGAGCCAGCCCCGCACGGACACACCAGCUCCUGGACCGCAGUCUGAGGCGGCGGGCAGGCCCCGGUGGCAGAGGAGGCGCGGCGGAGCUGGAGCCACGGCCCACGCGGCGGGAGCACGCGGAGGCUCUGCUGCUGGCCUCCUGCUACCUGCCCCCUGGCUUCCUGUCGGCGCCCGGGCAGCGCAUGGGCAUGCUGGCUGAGGCGGCGCGAACGCUUGAGAAGCUCGGCGAUCGCCGGCUGCUGCACGACUGUCAGCAGAUGCUCAUGCGCCUGGGUGGUGGGACCACUGUCACUUCCAGCUAGACCCCGCGGUGUCCCCAGCCCCAGCGCCCCUGCCUCCAGCCACCUGGGUUCCGUGUGGCUUCUGUCCUGCGUUGGAGCGCUGAAGGCCGAAGGCAGCGCCAGAGAUCCUGGCCUCCACGGUUCACCCGCGGCUGCACUCUUCCUUCCGCGUGGAAGGCCUGAGGGGCGCGACUCCGACUGGAAGAGCGGCGGCCAUGACAGUGCUGACCUCUGGUGGCCGAUCUGGGCACUGCAGGGGCCGAGCCGUUGGCGGGGGAGGGGCCCUCCUUGCUCUGCAGGCACCUUAGUGGCUUUUUUCCGUCUAGAGGGAAGAGAGGUGUGCACUUCCCUGCGCUGACGGAAGCCAACUUGGCUUUCCCGGACUGCGAGCGGGGCUCCCCCGGACGCCUGUCUGUCCCGCGUGGGAAGGCGUGUACAUAGUGUAGCGUGCCUGACCUGAGGCUCCUGUGCUACUUUGCCUUUUGCAAACUUUAUUUUCAUAGUUUGAGAAGUUUUGUACAGAGAAUUAAAAAUGAAAUUAUUUAU